UUGAUUCGAAUCACAAUUAAAUCAAAUUCUCUUUCUUUCCGCCCUUUUCCCUUUUCCAUUUUCUUUCUUUCAUAUUUUCUGGUUUCUCUUUUUCUCAUCUCUCCCAAUCUGUCAUCUCUCUUUAACUCUCUCUUUCUCUCUCUCUCUGUGGAUUUUGAUAUCAUUUUUUAACUCCUCUUUUCCUUGUUAAUCCAAAUCUAGUUCUGUUUUUCAUUAGUGACAGAAUUUAGGGCGAUUAGUGUCUAAAAAUAUCAAUUCUCAUCUUAACCAACGAACGAAAAAGCAAAAAAAAAUUGGGCCUUAACCAUCUCUUAGCAACGGGAUCUCUCUCACUCUCUUUUUUAGUUUUCUCUCUCUCUUUUCUCAUCAUCACCUUUUCUUUUUCUUUCUUCAUCAUCAUCAUCAUCAUCGACAACAACAACAACAACAAUAUCUUCUUGUCUACAGUUCACCAUCAUUCUCAGUUGAUAAUCUGAAAUUCAGGUUUUCCAAUCAAAGAAUACAAAUAAUCUGUUUUCAUUUUUUUUUCUUCUGUUUUGUUUUCUCUUGUUCUGUGAUUUUGUGAGUUCUUUGCAUUUGCUUUUCUCUACCUUUGAGCUAUUUUUUUUAUACAAUUAAUUUAAUAGUUUCCUGAGCUUCAUCAUCACCUUACAGAUUAACCAUGAUUAAAAAUCAGAGUGUAUUUGCCAGUCUUCCACGAACAACUCGAGGUUUACCUUUGGUUUUAGGAGGUGACCCCAAGGGUAAACAUUUUCUCUACCCAAAUGGUAAUUUCAUCAUAAUCCGUGACAUUGAACAUCCAGAAAUCGCUGAAAUUUACACUGAACACUCAGCUCAAACAACGGUAGCCAAAUAUUCACCAUCCGGUUUUUACAUCGCUUCCGCUGAUCAAAGUGGUAAAGUACGAAUAUGGGAUACAACACAAAAAGAGCACAUCCUGAAAGCAGAGUAUCAACCCUUUGCUGGAAUUGUCAAAGAUUUAGCUUGGUCACCCGAUAGUCAAAGGAUUGUAGCUGUUGGUGAGGGUCGAGAAAAAUUCGGCCAUGUUUUCAUGAUGGAAACAGGUACAUCGGUCGGAGAGAUAUCUGGCCAUUCAAAGGUUAUCAAUAGCUGUGACUUUCGACCCUCUCGACCUUUCCGUAUAAUCACUGGUGGUGAAGAUAAUUUAAUCGGUAUCUUUGAAGGGCCACCAUUUAAAUUUAAACAACAAUUGGAAAAUCAUACCAAAUAUGUACAAUCAGUUCGUUACUCACCUAACGGUGAAAUCUUUGCCUCUGGUGGUUUCGAUGGACGCAUUUACCUAUUUAAAGGUAAAGACUAUUCUCUCAUCGGAGAACUUGGAUCACCAGCUCAUUCGGGAGGCUGUUAUGCCGUUGCCUGGUCUCCCGAUGGAUCUAAAUUAAUCUCAUCUUCCGGUGAUCGUACAGUUAAAAUGUGGGAUGUUGAAAAAAUGACCUGUAUUCAAACUUACAACAUGGGCGAUGAUCUUCUUGACCAACAAGUUAGUUGCCUAUGGCAAGGUAAAAAUAUCCUGUCCGUAUCUUUGUCGGGUUACAUUAAUUAUCUUGAUGAAUCAGAUGCAUCUAAACCCUUGAGGGUUAUCAAGGGUCACAAUAAGUCAAUCACAAGUCUUACCGUUAAUUAUAACUCUGAACCACCAAACAUUUACACAGGAAGUCAUGAUGGUUUUAUCAAUUAUUGGAAUUCAGUUAAUGGUGAAAAUGAUCGAAUCAAAGGUAAAGGUCAUGCCAAUCAAAUUCAAGAUAUGAAAUAUCGCGAUUCGACCGGUGAAAUAAUCACCAUUGGUUUAGAUGAUACAGUUCGAGCGAUUGAUGUUAACGAUCAAAGUUUCAAGGAAGACAUUCACAUUAAGCUUCCCUCUCAGCCCAAAUCAUUGUCAUUUUUAGCCAAAAAUCAAGACAAAGCCGUGAUCGCCGCCUAUUCAAGUAUAACUGUGGUCAAUUUGAAGCAAAAUAAAAUCGAGCAAAACUUUUCGGUCACCUAUGAGCCUACCUCAAUUUCAGUGCAUCCAAGUGAAAAUCACUUUGCCGUUGGUGGACUUAAAGACCACAAGGUUCAUGUUUACACCUACACCGAAGGAUGUGAUUCAAUUACACCUAAAAUUGAUUUAGAUCAUCGUGAUUGUCUUGCCGAUGUAGCCUAUUCUCCAGACGGUCAAUUCUUGGCCGCUGCUGAUGCUAAUCGAAAAGUUGUCCUUUAUCGAUCCCCCAACUACGAAUUGGCUCAUAACGUUGAAUGGGGCUUCCAUACUGCAAGAGUUAAUUGUCUUGCUUGGUCACCUGAUUCACUUCAUCUUGCCUCAGGAUCACUUGAUACUGGUUUAAUUGUUUGGGAUGUAUCCAAACCUCAUAAUCAUAUUGCUCUGAAAAAGGCUCAUCCUCAAAGUCAAAUCACCCGAAUCAUUUGGUUAGAUGGAAACAAAAUUAUCACCACUGGUCAAGAUUCAAAUGUUAAGAUAUGGACAGUUGAAUUCAAAUGAACAUUUCUAAAUUAUUCUUGAUUUAAUCCACUCUAACUUUCUUACACUUCGAAACCCACCUUCCUUUUGUUUUCUCAAUAUCAAUAUCUCUCUAUUAUUCAAUAUUUUAUGAUCUUUUGUUUAAAAAAAUUAACUCUCUCAACUAAAUCACACAUAAAUUGUCAUGAUAAUCUAAAAAUUAUAUCACAAUGAAUUGAAAAAAAAAACUGGUUCAAUAAAUGAAAAUUUUAUCUACAAACCUAA